GCAGUGAUCUUCUAUUUCUUGGGUUUCAACGAGGCUGGGCAAACUGGGGUAUCUUGAUGCUCCUCUGUAUUCGGUUCCUUGUCUUCCUUUAUUAGUGGUUCAAGUUGUCCGCAGCCCCCAGUCUCUAGAACAGCAACCGCCUGAAGUACCCCAUCCACCUCCGUCAUCCAAUCUCCAACGGGCUACCACAGCGGCGGGCAGCAUAGCACUAGGCCAAAGGUGACAAAAGUGGCUAACCGCACCAUUCAUUCAUUCAUUCAUUCAUUCGCAUUCGCGCUCACUCCGGCCACCACCAGAAACGUAACUCUGCCUCCUUCUUUCUAUCACCAUCUUGUCGCCAUCAUUCACAAGCUGUCGUUGGCAUCUACUGUUUUGCCAUAACCUUCUUUGUUCUGCUCCCUUGAUCUCAUUCUUCUUCUUCUUCUUGUAUUGACUCUUUUCGCCGUUUGUGUUUCUUGGCUUGCAGACCUUGUAUUUUAAGCUCUUUGUCAAUCUCGACCAACCGUCAGUCACCUACCGACGCAUUACUUUCUCCGCCGCCGAUCCUCAUCGCCGAACCCGAUAAAUAGCCCGGUACACCUAAUCCUAUUGCCACGUCCUCCCAGUUCUACUGUUGCCAACGCCGCCGACCGCUGGAUUCCCUUCAAGCAUCACGAAGCCAUCCAAGAAUGCUUCGAUAGUCGAGUCUGGCUAAAAAUCCCAAACACGACAUGGAUGGGACUUAUAAUAACCCUUAUGCGCAAGGGCAGUCGCAAUCUCCAUUAUCUCCCCAAACGCCUGGAGGAUAUCAGGUCAACGUCAACCGUACUAAGACGAGGAAAUGGGUCCAAGCGCCGACUCAGAAUUACGAUGGUGACGAUUGGGGCGCCGACGAGUUCGAGGAUGACGAGCCACCGCCGCCUCCCCCGGUUCCUCGAGUAACAACAGGUCUCCGACCGGUCGGACAACGAACCGAAUCAUUUGGGCCCUCCCCAAGAUUGGCUGCCGCUGUCGCUUCCAGUUCUCGCAGCUCAAGCAACGCGCCAUCGCUACAGCUUCAGACAAACCAUCCGGAUGUGCCCAACCCAGGCCACCCAGAACAAUCCCAUAAUGUUUCGUCACCGGUUACAGGGCGAACCGGAUCACCUGCUCCUUUGUCUUCAGGUCCUGGAUCUUCAAAGGCGCCCAGUUAUGACCAACAGCCCGACGUACGAUCCUCUACCCCGCAGAGCACCGCAAGUUCCGCUGCUCGUGGUUCGCCUUCAAUCCGACCCGAUUUUCGCCAUAUAGAUGAUGAGCGUAAGUUGGGCGGGUCGCCGUUGUCCGUCACAGAGAAUAUCGCACCCAGACCCGAUGAUCACUCUACACCCCCAGUCAAUGAACCGAACCAGCCAGGAUACGGUCGAGGAGAUGGCCCAGCGAUUGAUAAGGUCCAGAAGCAGCCAACUUUUGAUGCCAUUCUCGCGAAGCGUGAGGAGCUAGGUUUAGGAUCUCAGGGGUUGCACGAUCCUCCCACUCUAGAUAGCAUUGCUCCUCCAGAGCCUGCUAGUCACACGGAAGAAACUGUGAUUCAUUCGCCUGUGGAUAUUGACAGGAAGCGAUUAUCUGUCAGCCCACAGCUUCCUGAUGUUGCGCGUAUGUCAGUAUUUGGCGCUGAUUUCUUCUCUUCGGGAAACAAGUCCAGCGGUCCUGCCUCUGUUCAAGACCCGACCAAGCAAGACCAACCUUCAGUUCCCAGUCAAGCAACUGAUAGCCCCGGAAAUCUCGCAACUUUGGAAGAGAAGCCCAGAGAGAGUGAAGACAACGCCAGCACUCCUGGACCUAACAGCAGCACCUCUCUUGCCCCUGUGAAUGAUCCUCGAGCUGUUCCACCUCUGCGUACACCAAGCCCGAACUCAAAGGGACUCUUCCCAUCGCCUAGAGAGCCUACAUCAGCCACCGACUCCAAGAUUACGCCUACAGAGCCUCUGCACCCUCGACAACCGGAUUACUCUCCAUCGAACUACGAGCCUAAUUCUGCUUUGACACAAGGAUCUUUGAACACCUUCAAUUCGUCACCUGUUAAGGAAAGUGACGUCCUGAGUGAGGAGAUCAUGAGGUCCCUUAGCCCCAUUGCUCCAACACCAAGCUCUGCAGUGUCUCGGCCUCUGCCCGGUAACUCUCAGUCUUUGACACCAGGUGACCGGGGUGUCACUCGUAACAGCAGCUAUACCCUUAGCGAUUAUGAUAGCUAUUGGGCCGAUUCAAACGAGAAGCCCGCGCAAGACUCGAAGACCGAAGCAGAGGACCAAGAGAAGCCCAAGACUGAGACCUCUCCAGUUCAUGAGCAGAAGCAGCAGCCAAUUGUCCAACCGCUGUCUAGCGCCGUGGUGUCUACCGAAACCCAGCCUAUCGCUCGACCAGAGUCACUCAAGUCUGAUUCACGGCGCAGAUUCUCUUGGGAGGCUGGUUUCGAUUCCCCAACAAAGAUUCUCCCUGUCGAGCCGCCCUCUGGUACUUUCAACAACGAAGCUCUUCGCCCAGCUUCUCCUUCACCUCUAGCACCAGUGGGUGCCCAAUCUCCAAAGGACGAGGCUUUGGAUGUUGCGAGCCAAACCAAAGAGACACCUCAAAAUGUCGAGACUCCGAGAAUCGUCAUCCCGCCUUCUGGUGGCAUUUCUCAUCAAGUUUCCAAAGCCAGUACGCUACCGCCAAGUCAGCAGCCAGCUCCUUUGGAACCCCCUUCCCCCGUCUCUAUCGAAAAUGACGAUGCAACUCCUCGAGCCAUUGACAAUCGUCGUCCAUCUGUUGCAGAGAAUAAAUCAUUGAAUCAGGUACCUUCAAAUCUUACGUCAGCAUCGCCACCCCCAGAUAAGUCGACCAAAGCUCUUCCUCCCAGUCAGUUCCCUCAGACUACUCCAUGGCGCGAUAUUAUGAGCCUAGCAACACCCGUUCAAAGGACCCUCAAGUUUGAAGCGGGUUUAGCUACACACCGAGCGUGGGACUCAGGUCUGGAGAACUGGCUGUCUAAUCUGAUGACCGAGCAUCCCGAAUACGCGAACGGAACUUCCUCCUUCUCCGGAGCCGGGGUGCCCACAAGUCAAAAGGGACACGCAUCAGGUCCCAGCCUUUCUCACAACCAACAGCCGUAUUACCAGCAGUAUCUUAAUGCAAGCUCGCCUACGACAGGGCCACCACCAGGACGAUCUCGACUUGGCGGAUCCGUGCCAUCCGGCACCAGCGGCUUCGGAAACUCGAGCAACCAGAUUGGAACCAAGGGCAAGGAACUCAUGCAGUCUGCUGGAAAGAUGGGCAAGGGAUUGUUUAGCAAGGGAAAGAGCAAAUUGCGUGGAACUGGGGACAAGGUAUUUCACUGACGCUUCUCUUUUUAGAACCUGUUGUGAUGGGCUUCUUCCUCUUUUUUUCUCCCUCGGAGCAGGGUUAUUGUUGGAUUAAAUCUCCUUUCGUCAUGCACUUCGGGGCUGAUGAUCACUCUUGACCUUACCUUAUGAUGAGACGGGUGUAUGAGAUAGGAAUUCUACGACGCUUGUUCCCUUUUCUCCUCCCGCAUUGUCAUCCAUCAUGAUGUUGCCCAUCCAUCAGGCUAUGUGACAAGAGUGUUUAUUAAUGUUUCUUUGGUUGACAGGGCGAACCAAUAUCUCCGGUGCAAACAAAGUUCAAAGCUGAAAGACGCGCAUCGUGGGGUUUAGAUCGUCUCACAAGAUCCCGCGCUGAUGACUCCUCCGACAAAGACGUCGUGAUCUCGAGGCCUUCGACCCAGUCGUAUCAUGCUCCCCAGUCCUCCCAAUCUUCUAGCAUGCUACAGUUUGGCUCUGUGCCUUCGACUGGCGAAUCAGGUAAGAGACUUGCUUCACGCGAGAGCUAUGGGCCUCAGCUCUCCCAAGAUCCAGCUGCUUCUACCUCUGCCUCUGCCUCUGCUUCUAUUUCCGCUCCCGCCAGUAAAGAAAAUGAUGAUAGAUCGCAAUGGUUCAUUCCAACUCCCAUCGAUGAGUCUACUUGGGAUCCCUUCAAAGGAACAGACCUUGCCAAGGGUAAAGCUUCUCAGCAAUCAGGAGCCAUGCUUGCAAACCAAGGCCAUCCUCAGGGUGGCUCCAGCACCCAAAUGCCAUCCAGUAAUCCAAUGUCUGGCGGUGCUACUCCUACGCCUGCCAGCGGCGGUAUUCGUAUGGUGCCUCCAGAGGACCCUGCACACCCAUCACCUCAACCGACAUCUGUUUAUUCAUCGGUUAUCUCACAGGCCCCCAUGACAAAUGCACCUCAGUCUCAAAGUCCGACUCAACCACAUGAUCCCUCGGCCAUGGUUCAGCGUCAUUCCUCCUUUGUUGGACUACCUCCCAUCAGAAGAGGGUCGACUUUUGAUGUUAACUCGAGAUCGACAGCGACUGAACAAAGAACCACACAGCCUAUCGUUGAGCAUGUUACUGCUGAGCCGGAAGACCUCGAUGAGAUUGCUCGUCAGCAGGGAACACUGACAUCUGAGGUUACGGUCGGGUCUACAUUGGUUGGGACAGAUUCUAUCAUGGAAGAGAAGUUCAAGAAAGAUGUGGAUGGAUCAGAACCUCAAUCACCCCCUCCGCAACAAUCGCCACGUCACUCACUGCAGCAAUCACCUCCCAGGGGACCACAGCAUCCAUUCCAGAUGCACCCAGUCCAACCCGGGCCUAUGCCACCGCAAACUCAGGGAUACCAGCCUCCGACGCUACCCUUGCUUCCGCCUCAACUCAUGGGAGGCCCCGUUCAGAGGCUUCCUCCGUCUGGUCCCUGGAAAUUGGAGGAAAGCCACUUGUCUGAGCCUCUUCACCGCGUUACUCCCAAGCCUCAGGCAGUCCCACCAUCGGGUCAAUGGAAGUUGGAAGAAAGUCACUUGGCCGAGCCCCUUCAUAUGGUUAACAGAAACCGAGCGGGCACGAAUGCCUCGCAGAUUUCCCAGCUCUCGCAGCGUUCACAACGUUCACAGCAGUCCCAAAAUGACCCUUUCUACGGCUACAACAAGGAAACUGGAGAGGUUCCCCCUUCUCCAUCUUCGAGCUCUACGGCUAAUAGGCAUCAUCAACGGCAAAAGCCUUCUGAAGUGCCACCUUUAUCGGCCAAUCGUUAUCCUGGUCUCUUCCCUGGUCAUCAACGACAGCCGAGCGGCUCUAAAGAUGUUCACCCUGGUCCUGGAUCUCAGUUCAUCAGACGAUUUUCUCAAGAGGGCAUCGCCAGAACAGGGACGGGCGACACUACUAAUGAAGACCGGGGACGUUCUAAAAAGGCCUCGGCGUUGUUGAAGGACAUUGGGCACCGUUUCAGGAAGAGCUCGACCGAGCGACGAAGCACGCCUAUGGAUCACCACGGUCGGCAGUUCCAUCCUCCGCAACAACAGCAGCAACUUCAACCACCGCACGCUGACGUCCAUCAUGACGCGGCUUCUGUCUCAAGUGUGACGACGGACGGAACCCAUGACAAGAAGAAGUCGAGAGCAAGUUUCAUGCUUGGUCUGAGGAGUAAGCAGAGCCGUGAACGGCUCUCAAUGCCUCCUCCUCCACGCCCGGAUGACAGCAGGCCCGCCACAUCGACGGAAGAGAGAAGGGGAUCUCGGCUCAACCCUGACUUCGAUCCUGCUUCGGGUCAGUAUCGCCUUGUGGGUCCUCCACGUGCAGCUACCUCGAACAUGACCAACGAGAUGAGCCAAUCUGCUAUCCCUCCAGCAAAGAAGCGAUUUUCGGCAUUCAAUACCAAGGCUGCUAUGACAAACGUCUUCAAUCGGCCUAGUAGCGGUACAUCCUCGAAGCCUGGGACACCCACCUCCUCAAGGCCGAUCUCAAGUCACUUGGGAGCUCAGCAACCAGUAUCCCUGGAGCGCCCUGCUCAUCCAGGCUUUGAGCGAAGUAGCACUGCCGGUCCUACCUUCAACCAGAUGCUUCCGACUCCAACAGGUACACCGCCGGUUGAUGCUAACGAGCGCCGUAAGAGACGGGGUUCGGCUGCUGGACUAAUCUCCGGCCUUUUGGGACACGUCCACAAGAGCAAGGAGUCCCAGCAGGCUACGUCACCCCAGAUGCAACAGCCUUAUGAUCGCCGCGCUUCUGGUUCUCAGCUUGGUACCCCUCACCCGCCGGCCCUGCAGACACAGGGACGAAGACCUUCGGGACCCCAAUUGGACAGCCCUGUACUUCCAGGGCGUCAGCUUGGAAGCCCUCAAGGCUCUGCACCGCCAUUGGCCAGUCCCCAACCUCAAAGGCCUCAUCAAUUUGGCAAUCAGCAGUCGAUAUCUAGGGAACAAUCUCCAAUGUCAGCUGCCCGACCUCUUUCUGGUGGGAUAAGAGAUAACCAGCACGCUCAAGCUGCCUACCGCAACUCACGUCCAUCACCUCUGGGCUUUGGCUCUACCACACCAGCAGGGACUCCUCCUAUCGGAUCAGUGACUGAAGGCAGCCGCCAUGGGACUCCACAGACACCUUUCAGCGUGGGACAGAGCGUCCCGGACGCGCGAGCUGGAAGAAUGCGAUCGAUCUCACCAGCUGCGUCCGCAAUCAGAAGUGCCCCGACAACGCAGACAUCAUUCAACGUUCCAAGCACAGCCCCAACAACUCAGCCGUCAUUCCACCAUGCGUCACAAUCGUCGCAGUCGCUUGACAAGCUCGCGCAUGCAAAGCAGGAGGGAACUCGGAUCCAACGACCAGUCACCGACUCACCAAACAUGUCCUUCAGGCAUGAGAAUAGGGCUAGUCAUGGUGCAUCAGAUAGUGACAUGCCCUUGUCUCCAGUGUCGCAAAUUUCCAAGACUGGCCCGCCGUCUGUAUCGUCGAUGGCUACUCAGAGUCCUCGUCUGAAUACGACGACUUUGGCUGCUGGAAGACGACAGUCCUCCCAGCUUUCACAGCCUGACACGCCUGUUGUAUCUGCAGUGUCUGCUUCUCCACAACACCAGACCUUUGCCAACAGGAUGGGAGUGUCACCGCCACAGCAACAUCAACAGUUUCCUUCUGGAUUCCAGCAGCAGCAUGCGAAUGCUCAGCAACAGGCACACCCUCAGAUGAACCCUCCGCAUGGUGGCUACCAGAUUACUCCGGGUCAACAGUACGAGCCCAAUCUCCGUCAGCCAUCUGCCGGUCAGCCUAUGCCAGGCUCAUAUCCACAAGCCAGUUCCCCUGGCCAUCCAUCUAUGCAGAUGCAGCAUUCUGGUUCAGGCCCUCCAGUCCCCCCAAAGGACAGCUCGGGUGCUCUUCAGCAACCCCAGGUUGCCAAUCAGCCAGCUCGCCAGCCAAGUCCAGGAGCUUCUAAGUGGAAGGGUCUGAGGAAUCGCAUGUCGGCACAGGUCUCAAACAAGCCAGCAGCGAGUCAAAGAAAGGGCGAGAAUGACAAGCUGACUGCAAGCAAGAUCCUCGGAGCAUUUAAACGAGGUUCCAAGGAGAAUCGGCAGUCAAUGGUCAUUCCCGAUCUGCAGGCUUAUCAGAACCAUGAGAUGCGGCCUGUGCAGCGACAACAGCAGCCUCAACAAGCCCAGCAAGCUCAGCGACCUCAACAGCCCCAGAUUCCUCAGCAGCAGUUUGCUGGUCAAGUUCCGCAUGGACAGACCCAGUCUCCCCGUCCAUCCUCACAGGUCAGCAGCCAACCUUUUGGACAAGUGCCGACUGUUCGCCCGUCAUCUCAGUUCAGCAACCAGAGUAUGGGACAAGCGCAGACCAAGCGAUACUCAUCAAUGUUUACCAGCCCAAUUAUGCCACAGCAAGAGUUCCGAAGUCCUUCGGGGGCUUACGCUUCAGGUCCCCAGGGUAUGAGCCAGCCACAGCCUGGCCACCCGUAUCAGUCUCCUCAGAUGGAGGGCCAGUUCCCGCCGACACAGUCGUCACAGGCUCAAUAUCAUUCUCCGCCGCAGCCCCAUGGUCAAUUCCAGUCUCCUGUCCAACAGCAAGGCCACUUCCAAUCGCCUGCUCAACCGCAAGGCCAGUUCGUGUCUCCACCCAUGCAACAAGGCCAAUUCACGUCCCCCAUGCAGCAUCAGGGUCGCUUCCAUUCCCCCGCACAGCAGCAGGGACAGUUCCAGUCUCCUCCUCAACCCUCGGGUCAAUGGCAGCCUCAGAUGCCUUCCCCUGCUGGACAAUUCCCACCACCUCAACAAAGACAGGCUUCUUAUCCUGGCCAAUGGCACGGUGGAACAAUCGGCCAAAGCCCAAAUACGCCCUCGUCAUAUAGAAGUCCUCAGCAUUCUCAGUUCUCGUCGCAGCCUCAAAACCCGCAGUAUGGGUUCCCAACAGCACAAAAUGUUCAUGGGGAGGAAUCACCCCCUGUUCAUGUCUCGACACCUACUCAGGUUCACUCUCCUACACCAGUUCACGCCCCGUCGCCUCGUCCUUCACUGUUGAACCUGCAAGCGAUGGUUGCUGCCAACCCUGAACACGACCACACCCAAGAAGGAGAACGUGAGUGCUCAGAUGCCGCUCCUCGAAAUGACCCCAAUGCAACUCAUCAGGGAACCUCCAAUAUGCAGAGGUUUCACAGCGACAGCCCCCAUAGUGGCAGAACCAGCGGGAGUCCCAGAGUUGGCGGUAAUCCUCCAUCAGCGCAACACGUCUCCCCAAGAAUAGGCACAGAGCAGAACGGUAGCUCCAAGUCCCGAGCUCCUAGUCUUCCCAUGCCUGUGCUUGCUGGAGGCGAUUUCAUGGGAGGCCAUGCUGCGCAUGGUACCAGCUCACGAUUCUCAUCUAAAGCAGAGGAGUCUCAGGGCGUGUCGCUCAGUCCCCCAUCUGGUGCACCAGGCAGUGUCAGCCCUAACUCUACGAGGCAAUCACCAUCAGGUGGUAGUGAUCUUGGCCCUCCCGAACCAAAGAGCAGGGGAGGCCCAUCGUUCCAUGCUGAACUCGAAGAUACCGAGGGCGCCCGCAAGCGCACAUUGCGAAUUGAUUCGCAAGAAGAGAAGAUUCACUACGAUCCCAAUGCCGACUCCGAUGGAGAGGUUCCUCCUCAGAUGAGCGCGACUAGUUAUCCUGGUCAAGAGUGGAAUCCCUACGGCAUGCCCGAGAUGGGUGACUGGAACGAGGCGACGGACCGCUAAGCCAUUCCUCGGUCCCUAUUCCCCUACAUAUACACGCACUACCUACUCAUAUACGCACAGCAUAUAUCAUGCUUCUAUCGCUCUACUCGAGAUUGUUUUUUUUUAUUGCAAACCCAGCGAUAUAAGUCGACCUGUAACGACCGCCGUUCCCCGGAUUAUUGGAUAUAUAUGAGUUCAUAUUAGCCACUACUGGAUAUAAGAGUGAUUGGGGUUUUGUUAUUUGUCCCAAUGCAGCGUGGCGUCAUGGCUGUACAUAUGUUACUGUCUAUGUAUUUACAGAAUUUGUGAAGAGAUGGAGUGAAGGGUAAUAACAGAAUGGAGGGAUAGCAUGGAAGGGGUGGAAAAGUACACGCAUUACGCACAUCUAAUCCUUAAAUCAUUUAUAUAUACAUUUACACUCCUUAUGGGCAGGUUAAUAAAAGUGUUUUGCCUCUGCAAGA